AUGUCUUUAUUUGGUUCAUCCCCAGACGAAUCGUUUGGAACCUCAAAAUUACGGAAUUCGUUAUUCGAUGAAGGCGCUAGCCAUACUCUAGUUUCUAAGUCCUCUAUAAUUACGAACGGUGAUUCGUCUGUGAGCUCGCAAAGAAGAUCAAUUUCUCCAGAUCAAGUCUCAAGUAGCAAGUUUGUCAAACGAUUAAUUCCGUCGUCUGCCAUUCCCAGUCGCUAUGUCGACAUCUUCGAUAGUAUAUCUCAAGAAGAUGACGGCUUUAACGGGGAGAUUAAUGCUGCUGGUAUUGCGAAGACCUUUGCAUGCUCGAUGUUGGACAAGGAAGUUGAACAGCUUAUUUUGAAGGUUUUGUAUGCCGGAAAUCAAACAACUUCUCUUGAUAGAAAUGAGUACAAUGUACUACUAGCACUUAUAGGAUUUGCUCAAGAACGCAGAGAAAUUUCACUAAACAACGUCAAUCAGAACAUACAAAAUUUACCCGUGCCAAAAAUCCUGAGCUUGCCAAACGGAUCACCGAUAUUUCAAGAUAUAGACAACUCAAUAAUGAGACUACUUGGACAGCCUAAUACUUUUAAUUCUGACUCACCUACGCUAUCAAGAAGGGAAAGUAUGGAUGACAUGCCAGACACAGACCCAUGGCGGAGCUUACCCGCUACGCAUGGUAACGAAUACUGUUCUAAACUUAGCGAGGCGUCGAGAGAAAGUAAAAAAGAUACUGAGACGAACGUGGGGAACAGCUUCUUAAACCAAGCAUUCUCUGGCGAAUCAACAGCAAAAUUUAAUAAUCAGUCCCACGACACAAAUUCAGUUGGCAGCAGCGCGUGGGUUUCGGGAAGCAAUCUUGUCUCAAGAAGUGACAUGAGCAGGCAAAAUUCUAACACCGACCGACAAAAAAUAGCUAGUGCUAGGCUUAACAUUGUCGAAGAUUCCACAACCAAACCAUCUAAAGACAGUCAUGAAACUGGCAGUCGUACUGAAGAAGAAGCAGUUGUAAACACCCUUCCUGAAAAAGAAGGUAUCUUCAUGUUUCAACACCGCAAUUAUCAGAUAUCUAGCUCUCGAAAAGGACUGAAGGUAGUAAGGAGGUUUAGUGACUUUGUAUGGUUAGUUGGAGUGAAUGGAAACCAUCUUGCAGCUGAUAACACAUUUAUCGAGAAGAGGCGAAGAGGUCUAGCACGGUUUAUAAAUGCCUUGACAAGCCAUCCUAUACUUAGUCAAGAACAGCUAGUAGUUAUGUUUUUGACUGUUCCAACGGAACUUUCUGUGUGGCGUAAGCAAGCAUCUAUAUCUAUUCAAGAUGAAUUUAUCGGAAGAGAACUUCCAUCUGGACUCGAAGACUCACUGCCUCAAGGCCUCAAUGAAUUAUUUGACCGAGCCCGUAACGGUAUCCGCAGGUCAGCAGACAUCUACACCAACCUCUGUAUACUCUUGGAUCGACUUGCAAAAAGAAAUGAAGGUCUAGCUGCUGACCAGCUACGAAUAUCACUCUCUCUUAGGUCUUUAAGUGAUGCUUCCGCAGACACUUAUGCUACGGAUACAAGUGGAAUAUUAAAUAUCAACGAAUCUCUUAGGGCCUCAGCCAAACACUUAUCUGACGGUCAGAUUUUACUAAUAGAUGAGGCCAGGGCUUGGGACCAGGGCGUUGUAGAGGACUUGAAGAAACAACGAGAUUCAUUGGUUAGUAUGCGAGAGCUAUUCGAUCGGCGAGACAUGUACGACAAAGAUAAUAUACCAUAUCUAGAACGUCGUGUUCAAAAAAACGAUAAAAAGUUGACCGAAAUUCGAUCUAAACCCGAUGGAGAGGCGAACCGCCUGGAGAUAGGAAAGAUAACCAAAGCAAUCACCUCGGACAAGCAAUCCAUCGUAUCGCAACAUCACAGAAGUGUAUUUGUCAGAGAAUGUAUCCGCGAUGAAUUGAUCAAUUUUACAAAGUCACAACAUCAGAUUAAGCGAUGGAAUCAGGAUUGGGCCCAAGAGCGAGUGAAAUACUCCGAAUUACAUGCAGAUAACUGGAAACAAUUGAUAGCAGACUUAGAAAAGUUGAGUUGCUGA